AUGAUGUCUGCAAUGGACGAAAUGCCGCCAAGCUACGAGGAAGCAAAAGCAUGCGCAAAAUAUGCAUCUGCACCAUGUAUCAACGAAGGUUAUGUUCCUGAUGAUGAUGUAAAGGAUGGAAUUAUUCUGCCACCAACAGCUCCACCAAUUCCGGAAGAAGAGCAAAGGUCACCAUCUGUGCUCAAUUUACCUCCCAUUACCGAACUAGACGUACGAGAGGCAUGCUUACAAUACGUCUCUGAACACUGCUGUUAUGGACAAAAAUUCGCUCGCGAUGCCGAAUAUACAGAAAUCAAGAACAAGUGUACUUUUCACUACAAACUGGAAACUUUCGGAGAGAAAAGAGAAUCAGUGCAACGUUUUGCACCAUACAAAGGUCAACCAAUAGAUGGUCCAGAAAAUGGUCCACCACCUCAUCCCUGGAGUAUUCAAGUACAAGCCAAUACUCCCUUCCAGGAUGGAAAGGUACAAAUGGAGAUUCCUCACACCGCAUACGUCAAAACCUGUGGCACCUGCGUAGGAAACGGGAGAGUGCGAUGCAGUUCUUGCAGCGGCCAGGGAGGGAGUACGUGUUGGAAUUGCGGUGGCAGAGGCAGGGACAACAAUGAAAGAUGUACUUCAUGUGAUGGAACCGGUAGAAAACGUUGCUGGACUUGCAACGGCACUGGUCAAGAGACAUGUGACACAUGCGAUAGACGGGGCAAACUAAAACAUUAUAGAGUGCUUAUAGUCACCUGGAAAAACCACAUAGACCAUUUUGUCACUGAAACUUCCAGUUUACCCAAAGAGUUGAUACUAGAAGCUGGAGGAAGGCAGCUUUGUAGGGAUGAAAACACAAGGGUGUUUCCAAUUGUCGAUGCGCAAGAUAUGUCGGUAAAUAUGGCAUCUAGCAAUCUGCUAGCGAAACAUGGAAGAGCUUUUCCAAAUGAAAUGAUAAGGAAACAGAGGCAUCAACUUCGAGCUGUUCCGUUGACACGAAUUCGAUACCGGUGGAAAAACAAAGAUGGCGAGUUCUAUGUCUACGGUUUCCAAAAUAAAGUGUAUUUUGAAAGCUACCCCCAAAAAUGUUGCUGUUGUACAUGCAUCUGAUACUCAAGCUGACAAGGGACGCUAAUGAACUAGAGCGUCGGUAAAAACAGAUUGGAAAACUGAAGCGAGAGAGGGAGAGAGAGAUGCCCUCCGUGGAAUUACCUUCUAAUGCUUCUGGUGGGCAAAAACAAUUUUGUAUCCAAAAUGGCAAUGCAGGACGAUCAUGCUGAGUCAGUGCAGUAGCUGAAACACUGCUCAGUUUUUCUCUCACUAAUAUAGCUAUUUGUUAAACUCUUUUUUUAAGUACAUGAUGCUAAGACUAUUAUUUUUUUCUAUUAAUUAUUUCAAAUCAGACCGAAAUAAAGCUCUUACUUUACAAAAAAUAAUAGCUUUGCGAUUUAACUUACAGAACCUCAUCUAAUUACUAUUGAGAUAUCAAAAAGAUGAUUAAAGGAAUGGUGGAUUGUUCAAAGCAACGCUGACGAAUAUCCAGACCUCAACCCACUUGAUUUCUUUUUAUGAGGAAUCCCUUAAAGUGCCCAUCGAAAGAAACUAGCUGCUCUAGUCGCGCUACAGAUUGAGAACAAACCAGUCAUCGCAAUUCAUGCUAAAAGACAGAGCUAUUGUAAAGCAAUUUAGCGAUGCGAUUAAUUGGAGGAGUUCAAUGAAAAGAAUUUCGUCAAUCUAUAAUUCUUCCAAAAGAAGUAACUUUGUUUAAUUGUUUCUCUAAGUUACUGAUUUGAAAACAGUGUUUACAUUAGUUUAGGCACGUGUGUAGUUAAUUGAGAAUCGAAACUAUAGAUCAGAUUAAGGAAAUCAUCCACACAUUAAUAUUAGCAAUACUACUAUCUCAGAAUGUGUAUAAAUAUCGUUUUAAAUCAAAUUUAGUAAAAAGUCAAAAAGGCUAAACCGUUGUUAUAAAAAACUGAAUCGUUACAAAGAUAUUUUUUCAUUUCAGCACAUUCAGAGCUUGUUUGUGUACAAAGCAUAUUGAAAAGAAAUUUAGAAUUCAGGUUUACCUCGAUCAUUUCGGUGUAAUCAGAGCUUUAUUUUAAAUAAAUUUCAAAAAAAAAAGAGUAAAUUAUUUUCUCAAUAAAAAAGUGUAUUUUAUUGAUUACGAACGUUUUUAUGAUGUGUUUUGUUAAUGUAUUGUAAAUAAUAAUAAA